UGGUGCUUGAGUUAUUCAUGCUUAAAGCUGCAAAUUUUAUGCUUAUGAUUGUAUGGUUUUAUGGCCAACAGGGAAUUGUUUUGUUAAGAAAAGUGAGGUUUUGGGCUUUUUUAGGAUGAUGAGUUUUGAUUGUUUCUGUUGCUAAGAUGAGUUGUUGAUUCACAAUGGCACUGGUGAAAGAUAAAGUAUGUCUUAGAAGUUCAGGGAUUCCUCCAUUUCGUGGUUGUGUUUGGGUAUACACUAGACCUCUUGUAGCUAUAGGUGGAUAACAAUGGAGGGUUCGUCUGAGUCUGGUUGGCAAAAGUCUGAUUGUUCUUGGGGAAUAAAUUCAUCGGCGGUUUCUGAUAGAAACCCUAGAUUGGUUCGUGCCAGCUAUAUCAGAUUAUUCGUUGAGACACCUCCUCAUUCUGGGUGUAUUCCUGGGAGAAAGGUGAGAGAUAGAGAUUUGCUGCCUCACACCAAUCACAUUAAAACCCAGUUUGGAGGCUCUAAGGAUGGGGUGGCAAUGAGCCAGGUUGUUCGUGCCGUCGAUUGUAGUGAUGUUAGCUUGAGACAGUGGUUGGACAACGCUGAACGAUCUGUUGAUGCCCUUGAAUGCUUGCACAUAUUUACACAAAUUGUAGAGAUUGUAAACCUGGCACAUUCACAAGGAAUUGUUGUUCAGAAUGUGCGUCCCUCAUGCUUUGUCAUGUCUUCAUUCAACCAUGUCUCGUUUAUUGAGUCUGCAUCUUGCUCGGAUUCUGGUUCGGAUUCUUGUGAGGAUGGAUCAAACAGCCAAACUGCCGAGUUUAAGGGUUCCUCAUCGCCUUUGCCCCAUGACUUAAAUCUGCCUGAAAGUCAGUUAGGUUUAGAAAAUUCUCAGCUGGAGUUGAAUCCAGCAAACACUUCCCAGAUAGUGUCAGAAACCAGUUGUUUGCAGUCAAGUUCAGCCAGUGCAAUGCGUGUGUCGUGGGAGGCCAGUAAUGUUGAACAAGCAGAUGAAAAGAAGCAUCCCUUUCCAAUGAAAGAGAUAUUGAUUAUAGAAACCAAUUGGUACACGAGUCCAGAAGAGGUUGCUGGAACUCCAGGUUCUUGUGCUUCUGAUAUUUAUCGACUCGGCAUCCUCCUUUUUGAGUUAUUCUGCUCAUUUAGCUCGGCAGAAGAUAAGAGGACAACCAUGGCUAGUUUGAGACAUCGUGUACUUCCUCCUCAGUUGCUACUGAAGUGGCCUAAGGAAGCUUCAUUUUGUUUGUGGUUACUACACCCUGAGCCAAGUAGUCGCCCAAAAUUGGAUGAGCUGUUGCAAAGUGACUUUCUUAAUGAACCGAGAGAAAGACUAGAAGAGCGUGAAGCAGCAAUAGAGCUUAGAGAAAGGAUAGAUGAGCAGGAGUUGUUGCUGGAAUUCCUUUUGCAGAUGCAACAAAGAAAACAGGAAGCUGCGGAUAACUUGCAUGACACCAUUUCCUUCAUUUCUUCAGAUAUAGAAGAAGUUUCAAAUCUCCAAACAGUGCUUAAGAAAAAAGAAGGUUCAAGCCCAGAACUUGGAAAGGAUUUUGCUGCAGGUUCCCAUUCAAGGAAUAUUAUUGACAAUGAUGACUCUAGUAGCUCUGGAUCCAGGAAACGGUGCAGGCCUGGGCUUCAAGUUCAUAAUACGGAGGAAUCUCAUGAUCAUCAAGAUGAGGAUAAGAAAUCAGGGAUACCCACAGAACAUCAAGGAAGCAUUCUUUCUCAAAGUUCUCGAUUGAUGAAGAACUUUAAGAAACUUGAGUCAGCUUAUUUUUUGAUGAGACACAGGGCAAUCAAACCAACAGGGAAGCCACCUAGACAUUCUGCAAUUAGUGAGGGUAGAGGAUCAAUUGUUGCAACUGAAAGAAGUUCUGUCAAUAACUUGUCGUCGAAGGAGCAUUAUGGCAGUGGUGGACAAAGUGGAUGGAUAAAUUCAAUCCUGGAGGGGUUCUGCAAAUAUCUGUCCUUUAGUAACUUAAAAGUUAAGGCAGACUUGAAGCAAGGGGACCUUUUAAAUUCUUCCAACCUCGUAUGCUCUCUGAGUUUUGACCGUGAUGGAGAAUUUUUUGCCACUGCUGGUGUAAACAAGAAGAUCAAAGUGUUUGAAUAUAAUGCAAUCUUAAAUGGAGAUCGUGAUAUCCAUUAUCCUGUAGUUGAAAUGAGUAGUAGAUCUAAGCUAAGCAGUAUAUGUUGGAAUGGCUAUAUCAAAAGCCAGAUUGCUUCAAGUAAUUUUGAAGGUGUUGUGCAGGUAUGGGAUGUUACAAGAAGUCAAGUAUUCAUGGAAAUGAGAGAGCAUGAAAAGCGUGUGUGGUCUGUCGACUUCUCACUAGCAGAUCCAACAAUACUGGCCAGUGGAAGUGAUGAUUGUUCUGUUAAGCUCUGGAAUAUCAAUCAGGCAAUUCUAUUUUUGCACUUGGUGGAUGUCAGCUUUGAAAAUAAACGUACUGCAGUCAUCUAGUUACUGCUGCUCACUAUAUUCGAUUCAGGAUGUGUAAUUAGUUCUUUUUCUUACAUGGGUUGCUACUGCAGGGUGUAAGUGUUGGUACCAU